UAAUUGUUCUUCCCCCUCCCUCUCGCGCCCGGUUGCUUCCCUCCUGUACGUUGAGGCAGCAGCAGUCUUUUCAAUUAAGAAAAAAAGACAUUAUUUGAAUCGUUUACCGAUGAAGCAUGGCAGCUAAUUUUGGCAAAAUCCAGAUUGGUAUUUAUGUGGAAAUAAAACGAAGUGAUGGACGAAUACAUCAGGCAAUGGUUACAUCUUUGAAUGAAGAUAAUGAAAGUGUUACUGUUGAGUGGAUUGAAAAUGGUGAUACCAAAGGCAAAGAGAUUGACCUUGAAAGUAUAUUUGCACUAAAUCCUGACAUAGCACCAGAUGAGGAUAUUGCACCAAGUCCCGAAACACCACCUCCGCCUACUCCAAGUUCUGCCAAAGUUAACAAGUUUUCAAAGAAUCGACGGACUGUAAAUCCCACAAAAAAUGAAACGCCUUCAAGGGAUAACAGAGUUGGGUCAGCUAGAGCAGGGCCUAGCCAACUUCCAGAGCAUGCGCCAAUCCCUUCACAACAACAGCAGCAGCAGCAACAACAGCAGCAGCAGCAGAAUGGAAGUAUUACAGAUAUUUCUCCAGCACAACAAGGAAAAAAGGAAUUUGGUCUCCCAUCCCGUAGAAAAUCUAACUGCGUAAAAGAAGUUGAAAAGUUACAGGAGAAGAGGGAGCGGCGACGAUUGCAGCAACAAGAAAUCCGAGAAAAGAGAGCACAGGAGGUUGAUGCAACAAAUCCCAACUAUGAGAUAAUGUUCAUGAUCAGAGAAUUUCGGGCAAGUCUUGACUACAGACCGUUAACUACUGCUGAUCUUAUUGAAGAACACAGAAUAUGUGUAUGUGUCAGAAAGCGUCCUCUUAAUAAGAAAGAAACCACUGUAAAGGAUCUUGAUGUUAUUACCAUCCCCAGUAAAGAUGUUGUAAUGGUACAUGAGCCAAAACAAAAGGUGGAUUUGACAAGAUACCUGGAAAAUCAAACUUUCCGCUUUGAUUAUGCCUUUGAUGAUUCAGCAACAAAUGAAAUGGUUUACAGGUUUACAGCCCGACCUUUAGUGGAAACUAUAUUUGAGAAAGGAAUGGCAACUUGUUUUGCUUAUGGGCAAACAGGAAGUGGCAAAACACAUACAAUGGGUGGUGAUUUUUCAGGAAAGAACCAGGAUUGUUCUAAAGGAAUAUAUGCAUUAGCCGCACGGGAUGUGUUUUUAAUGCAGAAGAAACCAAACUAUAAGAAGCUAGAUCUUCAAGUAUAUGCAACAUUUUUUGAAAUUUACAGUGGCAAGGUGUUUGAUCUGUUGAAUCGAAAAACCAAGUUAAGGGUUCUGGAGGAUGGAAAGCAGCAGGUUCAAGUGGUCGGAUUGCAGGAACGUGAAGUGAAAUGUACAGAGGAUGUCUUAAAACUGAUUGAGAUAGGAAACAGCUGCAGAACAUCUGGCCAAACGUCCGCUAAUGCACAUUCUUCAAGAAGUCAUGCAGUAUUCCAAAUUAUUCUCCGGAGAAAAGGAAAGAUGCAUGGAAAGUUUUCUCUUAUUGAUCUUGCUGGCAAUGAGAGAGGGGCAGAUACAUCAAGUGCAGACAGGCAAACAAGGCUUGAAGGAGCUGAGAUCAACAAGAGCUUGCUGGCAUUAAAGGAAUGUAUUAGAGCCUUGGGUCGGAACAAGCCACACACUCCCUUCAGAGCAAGUAAACUCACACAGGUGCUGAGAGAUUCCUUCAUUGGAGAGAACUCAAGGACGUGCAUGAUUGCUACGAUUUCCCCUGGAAUGGCAUCAUGUGAAAACACUUUAAAUACCCUGAGAUACGCAAAUAGAGUAAAGGAAUUUGGAAUAAGUCCUUCAGACAUUCCCUUCUCGCAGGGUAGCAGCAGUCGCUCUGAGCUUUCUCCUACCUAUGAGUAUGAUGACUUUUCUUCUUCACCUAGCAGAGUUAAGGAAUUGACUGUGGACCCUAUAGAAGGACGGCCGAAUAUUCAUGCUGCAAAUCAGCUUGAUGCUUUGGAGAGUCAGUGGGGAGUUGGAAGUUCGCCUCAAAGGGAUGAUCUUAAGUUGCUUUGUGAACAAAAUGAAGAAGAGGUGUCUCCACAAUUGUUUACUUUUCAUGAAGCAGUGUCACAGAUGGUAGAAAUGGAAGAACAAGUAGUAGAAGACCAUAGAGCCGUAUUCCAAGAGUCUAUAAGGUGGCUGGAAGAUGAAAAGGCUUUACUGGAAAUGACGGAAGAGGUGGAUUAUGAUGUUGAUUCAUAUGCAACACAACUUGAACAAAUUUUGGACCAAAAGAUUGAUAUUUUAACGGAACUUAGAGACAAAGUGAAAUCAUUUCGUGCAGCUUUGCAAGAGGAAGAACAAGCCAGUAAGCAGAUUAAUCCUAAAAGACCACGUGCCCUUUAAGCAAUACAGAUGUGCUCACUGGAAUUAUUAAAACAAGAAACUAAACAGUUGUGUCAGUUUGAAAUUCUUACAAUGGUUAUGAGAUCAUGGCUACUUGAAUGUCAAAAGAAGUGAUCUACAGUUCCUUGUUGGAACAUAUUCAGUUAUACGUGAACACUCCCGCGCUACAGCAGAUGCUUCUAAUCCGACAGCACAACAUGCAGAGUUAGGAUCUCUGAAGCACUUUGAGAUAUAUAUAUAUUUUUUAUUUUACUAAUACAAAUUGUAAUGUGUUAAAAACUUUUUUUUAAGAACCCUUAUGUGGACUUUUGACUUCCAUGCUAUUUUUGUUUUCGUUCGGCAUACUGAGACUUUUUAAUUGAAGACUGAUUGGACACUUUUGGAAACAUAUGCAUGCACAAACAUUAGUGACUGUAAAAUACUUUCCCAGGAUACCUUAACCUGUUCAUGUAACCAUGCUGUGUAAUAGCAAUAUUGCUAUAAGGCCAGGCUUCGGUUACUUGAUAAAUUACGUCAUAACCACAGUCUUAAGUGAAAAACACAUUCCUAGUCAGUGUAAGUUUGUUUCCCAGUAAUAUCUUACUUUGUGUUCAUGUAAUUACUUUACAUCCAAUAAUGUGCCAUAUCACAAAGGAUUGUUUUCACAGGAGAGCUGUCAUUGGUAAUUGUCAUGGUAUGUAGAAGCAUAACAUUUUAUUUGUUUUUAAAUUCUUAAAGUGGUCUACAUCUCAUUUUAAUGGUUUAUUUGUUAAACUGAACUGUUACUGUAUAAUUAACACUGACUUUGGGGACGAUGUGUACAAAUAAACAUUACAAUGUUCUGCAGUCUGUGCACUAGAUGUAAUGCUGAUUCAAAAUGUAAAGUUUCAUUUGUUUGUUUUGGAAUGCAUUUAUAUUGCAUUUUUUAAUCAAUGUAGCAGAUAGAAUCAAGUUGUUUGGUUUCACUCUUUUAAAAAGAGAUUGAUAGAGGAGUUUUUUUGUGCUUUACAGUUUACAGCAGAGCCCAGGAACAUGAAACAAACCUAAAAAAAAUAUUUCCACAUAAUAUAAAUUUAACAAAUUUCCAUUUUUGCUGUUUUUAACUGAUAAAUUUUACAUUUAUAUUUCUUUGAAGGCUCUUUAUUUAACCUUUUAAAAAAGGUUUGUAAACACUUAUGUAGACACACAAUACAUCUAAGGUUAAGUCUCCAGUGUUAUAUUUUUGAUUUGAAGAGAUAUGCUAUAUAUCUCAGUUUACGGGCUUCUGUAUUGUAUUUCUGUUUUACAAAGAUUUCAUAUUUUUUUAACUUGAGCCAAUAUUCUGAUGGAGAUUAUAUGUAUUACAAUUAGCCAUCCUCAGCAGUUAUGUAAUUUGUAUAGCUAGCAAAAGUAAUUUACAGCAGAAUUCACAACCACUGUCAAACUAUAGAAAUGUGUGAUAUUGGAAAAUGCAGCAGAAAAGGACCGGUGGCCAGGUAACUACACAAAGGUAGAAGAAGGUAUCACUUUGAAGUAAUAUUGUAUAAUAUGUUAUACAGUUGAGAAUUGGAAGUAAAAUAAAUGUAUAAAAAUCA